AUGAGUGGAGCAGGCAACAAUAAAAAAAAUCAGAUCACGACUGGCGCAACGGGAUGUCACAUUGAGGGCAAGCUGCAGAAAGCAGCGGUUGUGAAUUCUGCAGUUGCGACCAUGGAGGCAACACUGAUCUCAAGCAAAAUGAGCAAGAAUGACAUCAAGAAGGCGAUCUCCCUCUUGGGAGCAAAGUAUGGUCUUUUAAUUGUUCCUAUGUAUUUAUCAUCAGUCUUGUUCGGUGCACAGUCAUGCUCUCAGAAAACCGAGAUACCGAACUCUUCCAAACAUGCAGUUGCUGGUGGUGGAAAUGCUCCAGCGGUUUGGAAAAAAGACCCCGACUAUCUCAAGUUGAAAGCUCGGCGUGAUGAAAUCGUUGGUUACUUGAAGCAAACAGCUGACGAAGCUAUCCAGCAAACUUUCAAGAACGAGAUUGCUAGCUUGAAUGUGGCCAUGAAGGAUGCGAAGAUUAAAGCGCGUGAGCGUGAGGUGGCAAGUGAUUAG